AAAAAUAAUUUCAACCUGUUUCUGUUUCUCCAUUCCACCAUUGUUUUCUCCAGAAUGAUAAAGUGACUCUUUUUUUGGAAAGUUUAACCAUUUGCAAACAUCUUAACGAAAAAAAAUGAACAAAUUUGCAGAUUUCUGUUGAAAGUUUACACACUUUGCUCUGUCUCUUCUUCAUCUCCAAUCUGAUUUGCACUGCACAAUUGAAUGAAGAUGCAUGCGUGUUCAUGAGAUGAUGAUGAUAGCCAGGCGUGAUAAUCAUGCCCACGGUGCUUCAGAAUCACAAUUCCCCUCCGCCGGGUUCGCAUCGGAUCGAUCGGCCUCCUCCUUCAUCCGCAUCCCCUAUUAGAUUGGCCGCCGCAGCUUUUCUAGUUCCCCGUUUUCUCUGGGGCGCGAUAGUGCAAUUGGGUCGCCAAUGGUUCAAUCCAACUCCCACGGGGAGCUCACGGCGCCUCAGCCUUUGACGAGGGUUAGGCUAUCGGACAUUCUGCCCUACGAUGGAGCUCCUGUGGGGCGAUAUUCGCGCGCCGUGGAGGCUCUCUCUGGGUCGCUGAUGAGGUACAACGCCGCCGUGAUUGAGCUCGGCCUUGAAGAUGCUGCGGUGCUCCGUUGUGGCCUGGAAUCUGCCAGGUUCUAUUUUAAGACUCGGGUUGCAGCUCAGGGGAAGGGUACUCGUGGAGUUUAUAUCUAUAGGGCUGGAAGGCCCUUGGAAGAUGUGGAGUCAUCUCCCCCAUGCAUGGCUGAUGUCUUUCAAUGCAUGGGAAGGGCAGCCCGAGCUGCUUUAUGUGCAGUUGCUAGACAUCUUCGUUUGCGAAGCGAUGUUUUUAACCAUUUACUUGAUGAAACCCCGUUGCCACUUAAUGAGCCUUCCUCAUCCAUUCUUGUUGCAACCUUCUCUCCCUCAUCAACCUCACAGAAUGGGAGGGGAUCAAGUGAGGGAGUAAAACUCCCAACAACCAAUGAAGUAGAAAAGGGGUUGUUAACAUUGAUAUCCUCUGAUACUUCUGGUCUUCAGGUAUGUGACCCCAAUAGUAGGUGGUACCUAGCAGAUAAUGGUCUAGCUUCUGGAGAUUUGUUAUUGCUCACUGGAAAAGCUCUCAGUCAUGUAACUGGUGGUCUCCGCCCUGCGGCCACUCACAGGCCAACCUAUGACUACUACCUUGGGAAUACUACCAUGGGAAGGACAUCACUGGCAUUUAGGCUUAUGCCGCAAAGCAGUGCUAUUCUUGAUUGUUCUCCCAUUAUAGCGGCUGGUCAUGCCAUUCCUCAAAGCUACACCCCGAUUUCUGUAAGCCAGUUUUUGGAUGACCUUUCUGCAGAGGAAGACGUCUUCUGUAACAGAACUGAUAAUGCUUAUGUUGUCCAAGACAAUCUAAAUAAGGAACAAUCAUUGAGAGCUGUGCUCUCAGAUCCCUUAUCCGGCACAUUCAUGGAAGAUGCUACAUUUGUUUCGUGUGGACAUUCCUUUGGUGGUCUAAUGCUAAGAAGGGUUGUUGAAACAUCAAGAUGCACACUCUGCAAUGCAGAAAUUGAACCUGGAUCAUUGAUCCCUAAUCUUGUAUUAAGAGCAGCAGCAGCAGCAGUGAAGUAUGAGGACGACAAGAGAUUAUUUUAUAAUGCUUCACUCAGGAAGCGCAGGAAAGAGGAAAAUGGAGAAGUUUUUUCUGAAAAUGGCCCAUUCAAAGCUAUUCAAUACCCAUUCUCAGUUAAUGAGAAAGUUAUGAUUAAGGGAAAUAGGAGGACGCCAGAUAAAUUUGUGGGGAAGGAGGCAGUAAUCACGUCACAAUGUCUUAAUGGCUGGUACUUGCUUAAGAUUAUUGAGAGCGGUGAGAAUGUUCGCCUUCAAUACCGCUCUCUGCAGAAGUUUCCAGCUUCCCAGGAAACUUGUGGCAAUGAGAGGUGCCAUUCCCAGCCACUUAACAGUAGCAGCUGAUGAUGAAUGGUCAGUUACUCUCUACCUCUGGGGCAUUCAAAUUGCAAUCUUAUAGUCCUGUAAAUUGUUAGUUACUGUUCAGUUUCAAAUUAGAUUUUAGGGUGUUAGAGAGAAAAUCAUAUACUCAUAGUAGUAGUUAGGCAACUUUUCUCACUCCCAAGGAAAGAUACCGAUAUACUCCUUAUGGAUAAGCUAAAAUGGUAUUGGUA